AUGGAACCAGAUGGAGAUCCAGACACUGAGGGAUUUGGUACUUUGGAAGCCCAUAGCUUAAUGCCCAAUGUCCAAGGGUCAAAUCGCCUGCGCCCCUCUUCCUACAGAGCGCUGCGCAGCGCCGUGUCUAAUCUGGCCCGCAUUGAUGACUUCUACUGUGAGAAGAUUGGAUCUGGGUUCUUCUCUGAGGUCUUCAAGGUAAGAAUCAAUAGCUAAUGCUACGUCUGGCUUUGAUAUCUUGAUUCUGAGUGUUCCUGGUCUAAGUUGUCACUAGAAGUUUUAUAUAUAUUGUUUGUUCUGCUCUAUAAUGUAUAUUAUUGUAACAAAACAAAAUCUCUACGUAUCCAAAGUAACAGCUAUAAACACUGAGUAAAUGUCCACCCUAGAAGCUUGCACUCUUUUUGGAGAAAGUGUAUAUAUUUAAAAUGGAGACUGCUUGUUUAUAUUUGGAAUUACGUUGAAUUAAUGUGUUUUUGUUUUUUGUUUUUUUGUUUUUCUUUAUCCGUGUAUAACUUUCCCAACUAUCCCUGAUCCUCUCCAGCCAAUAAACUGCCUUUCUAGGGGUUCUGCGAGAUUUUUUGCAUGGCACGCUUUUCUGGAAGUUCACUAAUGGCAGAUACCAUGUAAUCUAGAUAACAUGGCUGGUGUGUGUAAAUGUGAUGGAGAUAUAAGGUGUGAGAGUUUUUUUUUUUUUUCUUUGAUUGGUUUUUGGAUUCUAGUAAUCUACACGUGGGUUUAGUACACAGAGUGAGAUUGUUGACAUGUUGUGCAUAUAGUACUGUGUGGUUCAGCUAUUUUGACCUUAAAGUGGCACUGUCCUCCCUAUUAAACAUUUUUUUUUGUUUUUUAAAUAAAGAUAGAAUCUUUGUUAAAUACUCAUUAUUUCACUAAAAUUCCAACCCAGUAAAGAGAUAUACAGAGACAAAGUAGGGACUACUUUUUCUCUGUUUUUCUUCUCUGUCAGACACAUCCUGACACAAGGUAGACUCUAUUUGUCAGGACCUGUAGCCUUCAUCAGUGAUUGCUGCAGGGAAUAGGUUGUGUCUAAAGAGGGUCUCGCUGGAUGCUCCAUGGACCUUAAUGCUGUACUCUUGUGUGUGUGCCGGGCCGAAAUGUCGACUCCUGGUGCUGAAGCAGCGCCAAUAAGGGACAUGUUCAAGUAAGUAAUUUUACCCUAAAACUCACCUGAUUUGAAAUGAUUAUGGUGCCUUGAGUCAAUGUGCAGCGCUUCCCUUUAAAACUCUGCACAAACAAAGUUUAAACCCUCUGCUACCACUUUCUCUGUCAGCAACAAUGAGGCUUCAUUAGCCAGCUUGGAGUUCUAGGCUAACUUAUAUAAAUUUUAUGCAUUGGAAUAUGCACAGAAUUGAUAUUAUUGUCUGAGAGCGGUCAGCUGACACUCUAAACCAAUGAAUGGCCAGCAGAAUUGGCAUCUGAGUCUGCAGAAGCCAGUUGCACGUUACCAGCAAUUAUAGAGACCCGGUACCUGGCAGUACCAGGUAAGAGCGCAAACCAAUGUAAAACAGUUUGCUGUUUUACCAGAAAACAGUGCCAGGGUAAUCCUAACACAGUGCUUAAGAAUUUUUGUCCUGGUGCUUGGGAUUUGUAAGCUUGUUACCUCCGAGGCGGGCAGCAGGUUGUAUGUCUUGUAGGUGGGUGGCGAGGGAACUGUGAUCUCCCUGCUCCAUUGCUCGCCCCUUAGUCCAGCAAGGCGCUGGAAAAUGAUGUCCCUCCGUCUCCGGCAGUGCUAAGCGGAGCGCGAGUAUGCAGAGCAGAAAGACCUGCCUCACAGCCCCCCUACAGGACUUGCAGUCGGCCGCCCUCCUCCACUACAUCCCCAGCUGGCCGCCGACUGGACUAA